GGGGGUGGGGAUUCAUACGGUGGCUUCUCGCCCUCACCACGCUUAACUUAUGUUACAGCUAAUCGGGUGCCAGGUCCUCCCCGAUUCUUUGACCAUAAAGCACCUGCUUCCGGAUCCAAAACAAAACCUCCCACCAGCCAUUUAAGGGCCGGGUUUUGGCUCCCCUCCUCUCCUGAUUCAGCCAACUGACCCAAACAACUUUACCCUGUUCUGCCAAGAUAUACCCAUUUCCGUUCACCUGGGGUUUCGCCGGCGCUGCUGAUAAUCCUCUUCCUUCUUUCUCCCCUCGCUUGUUGGCUGCUCAAGACGCAGUGCGGUGGUUCGGUAUGUCGUCCCCUCAGUAUCGUCUCCAGAAGAUUGCGGGCCACUUCUCCCCGGAUCGGCCCGUGAAUAGAGCCGAGCUGUCGCCGACUUAUUUCUUGCCCAGAGCUGCAGCAAUCGAGCCGAAUGUGAGUUGGCCAUUGAGAGGUUGGAGGCCCGAUUGAGUGGGCGAGUGCUAAAGUGAGGGUUUGUGUUUGUUUCUAGGUCGAGGCGAUUGUCCACCUUACUGCCAGCGGCAGGACCAUUCGCAGGACGUACCAGCAGUUUGCGAACCGUGCCAAGGGAUUGGGAUACUAUCUGCGUGCGAAGGGGUACAAGCGUGGUAUGCCUGUUUUCUUUCUGCCCUGCCUUGAGCGAGACAAUGAAGAGCUUGGUUAAGGGUAUUCUAUUUAGUUGGGAUUUUGUCCCCCAAUACGCCAGCGUUCCUCGAAAGUAUCUUCGGAAUCGGAGGUGCCGGUGCGGUGCAAGUUGCGAUCAACUACCGCCUCAAGAGGGAUGACAUCCACUACAUUUUCGACCACGCGGAGGUCGACUCUAUAAUUGUCGAUCGAGAGUACGUCCAUUUGCUUGAUGGGUUCAAACCUGAAAUCCCUAGGAUCGUCGAUGAGGACAGCGAUAAUGACUUGGAAGGGGAUUUUAACAAGGCUGUUCUUGAGGGGCUGGAAAUUGACCGUCGGGAAGGAGAUCGUGGGUGGGAGGGACUGUCAAUGGAGGCUGGGAGCGAGGAUGAUUUGGUUGCUUUGGCGUAUACCUCUGGCACUACUGCGCGGCCAAAGGGUGUAGAGUACACUCAUCGUGGGGCAUACCUUGGCGCCCUGGGGAACGUUGUUGAGUCGGGGCUUAAUGGUGGAUCUGUGAUGUCUAUGGGGAGGGCUAAGUUUGUCCCCCACACCCCCACCAUUUUCCUCAGCUGGGAAAUUAAUAAUGGUGUUAGGUACCUGACCAUCCUCCCGCUUUUCCAUGCGUGUGGAUGGACCUUCCCGUGGGCCGUCGUUAGCGCCCGAGCGACACAUUAUUGCCUUCGUAGGUUGGGUCUGAACAGACCAUUAUUCAAGCAAGGCUGACAACUGUAGGUAGGAUUGACUAUGACGACGUGUGGCGCCUCCUGAGAGACGAAGGAAUCACGCAUUUCAAUGCAGCUCCUACCGUUAAUACCCUUCUGUGCGCAUCCCCGAAGGCAGCUCGCCUGCCACAUGAAGUGCGGGUUACUGUUGCUGCUUCCCCACCAACUGCUAAGUUAUUUGGAGAUAUGAUAAAGCUAAACUUGGUACCUGUACAUGUUUAUGGUUUGGUAAGGGUGUCUCCACGUACUGGAGUUGUCGGGUAAGCGUGCUAAUUGUGUUUCGGGGGUUAGACUGAGACGUAGGUCAUAUGUGACUACCAAGCUGCAAUAUUGCACCAAGCAAAUACUAACGGCAACCCACAGUUAUGGCCCCAUCACAAAAGGCUACUUCCUCCCAGAAUGGCACAGCCUUCCCGCUGCAGAGAUGUACAAGCUGAUGGCUCGCCAAGGUAACCAGCUUCCUCCCCGAGCCUUCAGCUCUAUAGCUAACUGUCCCAGGCCACGGCUUCAUAACCAGCAAAAUGAUCCGCGUGAUAAAAACCACUAACGACAUCUCCAAAACCGGUGUCCAAGAUGUGGCCAAAAACGGCAAAGAAAUAGGCGAAGUCGCCUUCAUCGGGAACAUCUGCUGCCGAGGGUACUACAAAGACCCGGAAGCCACGGCAAAACUUUUUGAGGGUGGCGUUCUUCACUCCGGCGACCUGGCCGUCUGGUACCCCGACGGCGCCAUCCAGAUCCUCGACCGGAGCAAGGACAUAAUUAUCUCGGGUGGCGAGAAUAUCAGCAGUCUGAGUCUCGAGAGCAUGCUCGUGCACCAUCCUGACAUUCUUGAGUGCGGGGUGGUAGCCGUGCCCGACGCGCAGUACGGCGAGAGGCCCAUGGCCUUCGUGACGAGUAGAAAUCCGGCUCUGAAGGGCGCUGACGUGAUCGCUUGGGCGAAGAGAGAUAGUCAGAUAUCGGGGUUUAUGGUUUGUCCUUCUGUUUUAUGUUGUCGGGGUGUAUGUUGAUGCUGCGACAGGUGCCCAGAGAAGUUGAGAUUGUCAAGGAAUUGCCAAAGACCGAGACUGGCAAGGUUAGGAAGAACGUGCUCAGGGAGUGGAGUAAGGGGAAUAGAUAUGCGCACUGAGGCACCACGCCCACGCGGUUCGUGUUUUUGCGUCGUUCAAAAAGGCUGGUAGGGUGAUGUGGCACUUGCUGUGUAUCUGUUCUGAGUGUACCUUGUUUUACAUUAUAUAUAUAUAUAUUUGUGGAAUGCCAGAUUGAACAUUUGUUAGAACUGU